GCCCCGCCACUUAUUCUAGUUUAGAAUUUCAAAGUGCUUAAACCAAAACUCAGCCGACAUGAAGUCAAACAAGCCAUUCAAAGUGUUAAUCUUUUGGUGUGUAAUGGGACUUACUGUGGCAUCCCUGGCCGACACUGAGGAAAAAGAAACAUUGGGCGAGCCAACAACAACAACUGAAUUUAACCAGCCCUUGGAAGAAACAACAGAAAUCUCGGAAACGGCUAGCAUCACCGAAACUGUUAUAGAGACCACCACAGAUUCAGGUGGUGUAGAGGAGAGCAGCACUCCCACUGUAAUCACCACAACUCCCUCUAUCCCCUUGGACACCUAUGCUGUACAGCAAAUGAACUCAGUGCUAAAUCAUGUGCUUAGAACCGCUCAUGCCUUUGUCAGUCAGGUGCUGCAAGAAUCUCAAAAUUCCGUUUAUCCUAGGGACAAAUUGAAAACUUAUGCUGAAAAUCUGCAAAAAGUUCUUAAUGCCGAAGAUGAUGAUGAUGAAGAUAAUUUAGACGAUAGAGAAUUCUACUACAGCAUUAUGCUGAAAAAGUUGAACUUCUUAAAGGGAAAAUCCACUAAAAACUUGCAAACCUAUUUGCCCUCUGAUUGGGUUGAACCCUACCACAAAGCCAAACACGACCUUUUGGGCUGGCUCGAUCAAGCCUCAGAAGAGAUGCACAGCCAAUUUGUCACAUACAUCUCCGAUGAGGAGGAUCAUGUCAAACAUCAGUAUUUUAAUGAAAUAUUUGAUGAUAUUUCACGUCUGAAUCAUUUAAAUCAGAAAUUAUCAAUACUUUUAGAUGCGGUGAAAGUUGCCACAAAUCGAAAAACGGUAACCUUCAUGGAUUUGUAUAUGUCUUAGGAGACGUCUAUUGGUAAAUCUUGUUAACACAAAUAUACAUAUGUUAAUUAUAAGUUUAAGUAAAGUAAAUAAAGUUCUAAGAAAAAAAACGACACAAA